CUGGCGCCACUCUUCAUCGACCCCCUUUCACUGCGGCUCAAAAGCUGAGCGGACUGGCCCGCUUCUCAUACAAAUCACAGCUAGCUUUCAUUGUGAAAUAUAUAUUUUUUAAAACACUUCUGUCGGCUUUGUGACACCGCCUGCUCCUUCGCAAAUGCAAGCAAUUAAAUGCGUGGUGGUCGGCGACGGGGCCGUGGGUAAGACCUGUCUGCUGAUCAGCUACACCACCAAUGCCUUCCCCGGAGAGUACAUACCCACUGUCUUUGACAACUACUCUGCCAAUGUGAUGGUCGAUGGGAAACCAGUGAAUCUGGGUCUAUGGGAUACAGCAGGACAGGAAGACUAUGACAGACUCAGACCACUGUCCUAUCCACAGACGGAUGUGUUCUUGAUAUGCUUCUCCUUGGUCAGCCCGGCCUCCUUUGAGAACGUCCGAGCUAAGUGGUACCCUGAAGUGAGACACCACUGCCCCAACACCCCAAUCAUCCUGGUGGGCACCAAGCUGGAUCUGAGAGAUGACAAGGACACCAUCGAAAGGCUGAGGGACAAGAAGCUGUCCCCCAUCACCUACCCCCAGGGUCUGGCCAUGGCACGGGAGAUAGGUCAGUGCUGUGAAGUACCUGGAGUGCUCUGCCCUGACCCAGCGAGGGUUGAAGACUGUGUUUGAUGAGGCCAUCCGCGCCGUGCUCUGCCCCCCACCCGUCAAGAAGAGGGGCAAGAGGUGCACCGUGUUCUGAGGGCUCUCAUUGGUCCAGGAGAAACAGCCAAUAUGGCGGCCAUUGUCUGGUACUACUAAAACAUCACCAUAAUGACCACUACUUCUCUUCGGGACGAAUCUUGACUUGAGACACCAAGUAACGGCAAUUUAACUGAUGUUUGUGUAAAUAACGCAUUCAUGUCAAUGGAAUAUUUGAUCUUAAGUUAGGAUUUGGCCCUAAGAGAAAGAGAAUUACUGGACUUUUUUUUUUACAGUGGGAAAAGGAUUUGAUCUGGUGUAGAUAUGCGUCGUCAAGUUUCCAUUUGUCUGUUUUCCACAAAGGAAAGUACUCCUCUGUGGACAGUUAAAGUGUCUACUCUCACUCAUACAACCCUCCUCCCUCUCAGUCUUGUUUGCUUGAGUUGAUACAGCACUCAAAACAGCCUGUACUGUGAAUAUGUGGCUCUGGGUUGAAGUUGCCCUUAGUUACAGAUCUAGGAUCAGCGUACCCACCUCAAAUCCUAACCUUCACCAUUACAGGGAGAAAAAAACACAAAACUGACCUUAGAUCAGUGUUUAGGGUCAAUUUCAUCCUACUCUGUGAAGUGAAUAAUGUGAUGAACAGACAAGCAUGCCAAAAGUGGGGGCUGUACAUCCUUGCUGCCUGAGUAAUGCCUCUGAUGGAGGUGCCUGCAUGGGUCUAAACAAUCUGUCUUCAUUUUCCCAACGUCCUUUGUAUAUGUUCAUUUGCGCAUGUGGGGGUGGGUGUGUGUGUGUGUGUGUGUGUGUGUGUGUGUGUGUGUGUGUGUGUGUGUGUGUGUGUGUUCGCAUGUCACUGUAUGUGUGAGAGAGUAAAGUUUCAAGCAGUGUCAAGUUUUUGGUACUAUUUCGUAUUGUAGUAAUACACAAGACUUUGCAACAAACUGUCGACUUAAAAAAAGAAAAGGGAAAUGGACGAUCACAAUCGUGGUCUGUUUUAUGUGUUAACCAAACUAAGUCUAGUAAUGUUUUUAAAAAUUAAAAAAAAAACCUUUGGAGGAGGAAUUAAUUAUGGAUAUAUCUAUUUAUUAUGUACCUGAAUAUUUAACUCUUUAAUUCCAGACAAUUCAAAAUAAAAGGAUAAUAGUAACUCACUUUGACUCUAGGAGGUAUCAUAUUGCAAAAAUAUAUAACCAGUGCAUUUGUGGUGGUUGUGGACCUGCAGUAUAACUGUAUGUCCCACUCUGGUGGUGAGAUACAGAACUGCAGUCUUCUCUGUCAUGACGUUAUUGGUUGGCAUAGCAACUGUGGUUGAAUAAUGUGUCUCUGAGCCUGUCCAAGGUGUCAAUACUGGCUUUGGGUAAAAGUUUUCCUCGGGAGCAGAUCUAGGAUCAGCUUACCAUUACUCAAUCCUAACCUUAACCAUUAGGGGGGAUUUGCAAAACUGGUCUUAGUUCAGUGUCUAGGGGUAACUUCAUCCUAUUCCUCAAUACUGUAGAUCAGAAUUCUGAAAAGCUACUAAAACUACUACUGCAUGGAUAUGAACUGGUGAUUCGAGGCCAUUGUUAUUAAGAAGAAAGCUUUUUUUAAUGCACUGGCAAUGUACUGUAAGAUGACUUGUAUAAUGGUUUAAUUGUUUGUCUUAUUUUUUAUGACUUCACAUGUCAGUGUCGUGAUGUCUUUCAAUUUUGUAUAAUAAAUACAAAUGUAUAUGUAA